AUGGUGCACAGCGCAUUGAAAGACUGCGACAUUGUCGCCGUCGGUAACUACGGCGGACAUCCAGACAGCAAGAUCAAAGACUGGGUUCAAGCGGCGCGCGGCAAGAUCUCAUUCCAACCCAAGAUCACCGACCACACCACCCACAUCAUCGUCGCCGAGAAGCAGUGGAAAACCCAACCAGCCGUCGUCAAAGAUGCUCUCAAACGCAGCGAGCAGAGUCAAAAGAUCCACAUCGUGUCGUUCGACUGGCUCGACGAUAGCCUCCACGCCAAAGCCAAGAGGGCCGAGUCCAGCUACUCAUGGGUGAAGAAGGCCAGAGCGGCCAUGAAGGCCAAAGGUCCAAAAGUCCAGCCACGCAGCACGGCGGGUCUGAUGUCGCAGGUCUUUGCUGAGAGUACCGAGGGAUUUCUCUCGGAGGCUGCGAAGAACAAGAUGGCGAAGCGGUGGCAGAUGGAGGAAGACGAGCGGAAGGAGGACGAAAAGCGGAAGCAAGAGGCGUUUAAGGAGCAGCGAGAGUCCGAGAGUCUCAAGAUUCUUCAGGAUUUGUUUAAGCGUGGGAUCACAAAGAAGAGGAACGAGCUCAUUACCGACAAGCAUCACAUCUACGUCGACGGCAAGAGUUUCCGUUUGGAUGUGGUUCUGGAGCCUGUCGACAAGACUGGGGGUCCUGACGACCCACCAAAUGUCUCUCUCCAAAUCUACGAGUCCAAGACCGAGCCGCCCACGUAUGCCUUCAACGCCAAGGCUCACCAUACCUCAAAGCUGCCGCAGAACAACAUCAUCGUCUGCAUCGGCUGCAACUUCCUCACCGCGUCUCGGUUGUUCAGCAACAUCUUUAAGGAGUACACGGGUGUCGAGUGGGCCAGUCGAGCCAAUGCUAGCCCGGAGGAGAGCGGCGCAAAGUACAGAUACGUUGCGCCAAAAGCCGAACUGAUGCAAGAGCGUGGCGGAGAGGACAAGAGUCGGAUGAGUUCGCCUGAGAAUUCUGCCGCAUCAAGCUUGACGCAAGAGUCCAAGAAGCUGGCAGACGUCGGCGGCGAUGACAUGCAGGAGGACCGUCCACCGAAGACGGCACUACAACGCCUCGAAGCCAAAGCCGCCCAACGCGCACUCACCAACCAAUUCGACAAGGAGACGCUCGCUGCAGGCAACUCGAGUCUCGGCAAGCGCAAGGAAGUCGAGGAUUCAACACCAGAGGAUUCAGAGGAUGAGCCGCCAAGCAAGCUGAGAAAGUCCAAAGGAAACCGAGCCAGCGGCACGCCCUAA